GGUAACUUUCCAUAAAGGUCCCCUACUUAGGUGGUAGCUAAAUAUCUAUUUACCCUACAAUCAAUCUUAGUAUAUCAUGUCGUCUAGAGUCCUCCGUCGCCGCGACAAAACUCCCGGUAGUGGACUCCGAGCAGUCAUUGCAGCUCAGGAAAGGGGUGGCUCGCCACCCCCAAUUCCUAUCCCACCCGAGGCGGCAACAGUAAAACUCGACUUCGACUCUUUCCUCCUCGAGUCAUUUACCGCAGAAGACGCCUGGGAGCUUGGACAUCUGCUCUACGCGCGGCUGCUCCCGUUCUCUGGCCAGAGACCCACGUUGAUCUCCAUCGCGCUAGCUAACGGCCAGGUGCUGUUCCAGAGCGCCGUUGGUUCCGGCACGACGCUGGACAACGAGAUUUGGGUGCAGAGGAAGAGGAACACCGUGCUACGAUUUGGCGAGAGUACCUGGUUCCAGCACUGCAAGUAUGCAGGCGACGAGGAUGCUUUCCGGCUGAAGUUUGGGAUGAGUCACGAUCAGGCGGAGAAGUAUGCGAUUCAUGGCGGAGGAGUGCCUAUCCGGGUUAAGGGAGUCGAGGGUAUUGUUGCGGUUGUUGUCGUUUCCGGCCUGAGGCAGCAGGAAGAUCAUGGUGUUAUUGUCGAUGUCAUCAACAACAACUGGGAAUAACAUCGGCAAUAUUAAACUAUCGAACGUUUAAUAUUGAAAUAAUGAGGUAAAAAUAUGUUGAAUCUUAUAUAAAAGUAUUGAUUGUUAAGUAAAAAGUCUCCAAGUGAACGACAAUUGAUAAUGACGACCAUUUACCAGUACUACGAUACCCC